AUGUCUUCUACUCUACCCCCAACUCAGACAUUGCCUGGGGCCCCCGGCCCUUCCUCAGUUGUAACACCUACAAAGCGGGUCGUUGUUCGGAUAUCUAAUGCUGCACGACAAUUACUGCUCGAUUACUACACCAAUAUUGGCACUCAUCCGCCUCGCGAUGCCCGUAUAACACUAGCUCAAAAAGUUAGCCGACUUGACAACAUACAAUACACGACCGAGCAAGUGAGCAACUGGUUUGUGAACCGGCGGAACUCGAGUAGGAAUAUCCCGGAUCGUAGUGCCAGUGCACAUGCGGCGCCACCACUCGAUACCCAGCAUCUGGAUCACAAUGUGGUGCAGGCAUUGGAUACAUUAUUCACCAGAACACCGACUGCCAGUGACAGGGAUGUCGGUAGAUGGUGUAAUGACUUGCAGAUACCACUGCUACAAGGGCUACGGCUCGUCGAUCAAAUGCGUGCGAGGCGCAAUACCAUACAGACCACCUCCCUCCCUACCCCUUCCUCUACUGCUUCACCGGAAGUUCGAUCCCUUGAAUUACCCAUCAUCAUAAAGGUCGAACAAGAGACAGGACACGAAUCAGAAGCAGCAACAGAUUCAAGUAGACUCGACAGGGCUCGGAGCAACAUUGCACCUUGCCCAUGGCUCGAUGAUCUGGCGGCUCGUCCCAUGCCGCCGCCUCCUCUCGAAACUGUAAAAUAUGGACGGUCGGGGUUCGUCCCUUCAACCCUCGCCGAGCUAGACUCCUCGUUCGGAGAGUUUAGAGCAACUUUGGCAAGACUGCACGGCAAAACACCCAAUCAAGACGAUAACCCUAAAGACUAG